AGGGCCAUUCCCGGCCAGGAAACGCCGUGGCGCCGCGUUGGGCCUAACUCGAGUCCUCCUGCCUCCCGGGAGUGCCGUGCGCCGCAGCCCGGGCCCAGGCCCCGGCAGCGCCUGGGACAAGCCCUGAACUUCUCUUAGAUACUCUGCCUGCAUUAACUUGCUACAGAUUGUCUUCAGAGCUACUGACAUAAUUUUUUGGGACUUCAUAUUCAGAGGUCUAUAAAAAGGAUUCCUCAUGUCCAUAACAUGUUGGUUGAGGCUGUACAGCUCACCCCCACUCUCAGAGUGGCCAGUCUCCAUUAAUUGGACCCCGUGAUUUCCACUUUCUGCUGUGUUGGACGUCAUGAGCAUUGCAAUCCCUCUGGGAGUCACCACACCAGAUACAUCCUACUCAGAUAUGGCUGCUGGAUCAGACCCUGAAUCUGUGGAGGCUAGUCCAGCAGUUAAUGAGAAGAGCGUGUAUUCCACUCAUAAUUAUGGGACCACUCAGAGGCAUGGGUGUCGAGGACUGCCUUAUGCUGAUCAUAAUUACGGAGCCCCUCCUCCUCCGACACCUCCUGCUUCUCCCCCUGUCCAGACGAUCAUCCCUCGUUCUGACCUGAAUGGCCUGCCGUCGCCCGUAGAGGAACGCUGUGGAGACAGCCCGAACUCUGAAGGAGAGACUGUUCCUACCUGGUGUCCUUGUGGUCUUUCUCAGGAUGGCUUCCUUCUCAACUGUGACAAGUGCAGGGGAAUGAGCAGGGGGAAGGUUAUUAGACUUCAUCGGCGGAAGCAGGACAACAUAUCAGGUGGGGACAGCAGUGCAACAGAAAGCUGGGAUGAGGAGCUUUCUCCUUCCACUGUGUUGUAUACAGCAACACAGCACACACCUACAAGCAUCACCUUAACUGUUAGAAGAACCAAACCCAAGAAGCGGAAAAAGAGUCCAGAAAAGGGUCGUGCAGCACCAAAGACAAAGAAAAUCAAGGCAUUUCGAGAGGGAUCCCGGAAGUCCUUGCGGAUGAAGAAUUCUCCUUCUGAAGCACAGAAUUUAGAUGAGAAUACAACUGAGGGAUGGGAAAAUCGGAUAAGACUAUGGACUGAUCAGUAUGAAGAAGCUUUCACUAAUCAGUACAGUGCAGAUGUACAGAAUGCCCUUGAACAACAUCUACAUUCUAGCAAGGAAUUUGUGGGCAAACCUGCUAUUUUAGACACUAUCAAUAAGACUGAAUUGGCCUGCAAUAAUACAGUUAUUGGUUCCCAAAUGCAGCUACAGUUGGGAAGAGUCACUCGUGUUCAAAAGCACCGGAAGAUCCUGAGGGCUGCACGAGAUUUGGCUUUGGACACUCUUAUAAUAGAGUAUCGAGGGAAAGUCAUGUUACGACAGCAAUUUGAGGUCAAUGGGCAUUUCUUCAAAAAACCAUACCCCUUUGUGCUCUUCUACUCAAAAUUCAAUGGUGUAGAGAUGUGUGUGGAUGCACGUACUUUCGGUAAUGAUGCUCGGUUCAUCAGAAGAUCAUGUACACCAAAUGCAGAGGUGCGACACAUGAUUGCAGAUGGGAUGAUUCACCUGUGUAUCUAUGCGGUGUCUGCUAUCACCAAGGAUGCUGAAGUCACCAUAGCAUUUGAUUAUGAGUACAGUAACUGUAAUUAUAAAGUGGACUGUGCAUGUCACAAGGGGAACCGGAAUUGCCCUAUACAGAAAAGGAAUCCCAAUGCUGCAGAACUGCCACUCCCACCUCCUCCAAGCCUACCCAUCAUUGGAGCAGAGACAAGACGGAGAAAAGCACGGCGGAAAGAGCUAGAGAUGGAGCAGCAGAAUGAGGCUGUAGAGGAGGAUACCAACCCACAAGCAGAACAAGUUCCUGCUGAGAAAGUGACUGUGUCCAGUGACCAUGAGGAAAUAGACAAUCCAGAAGAAAAGGCAGAAGAAGAGAAAGAAGAGGUUACAGAUGACCAGGAGAACCCAGCUCAUAGCAGGAGGACCCGGGAAGAUAGGAAGGUUGAAGCCAUCAUGCAUGCUUUUGAAAACUUGGAGAAAAGAAAGAAGCGACGGGAUCAGUCCUUAGAACAAAGCAACUCUGACAUAGAGGUUACUACCAAUGCCUCAGAGACACAUGUAGGGGAAGAAACAAAAACUGAAACUCCUGAAUCUGAAGUUAGCAACUCUGCUUCAAAUGUAGCCAUCCCAAGCACCCCACAGAGUAUUGGGGUGAACACCCGGAGGUCUUCCCAAGCUGGGGAUGUUGCUAUAGAAAAGCCAGUCCCCAAACCACCUCCAGCAAAGCCUUCUAGGCCUCGACCGAAGAGUCGAAUUUCUCGGUACCGGACCAGUUCAGCCCAAAGACUAAAGCGUCAGAAGCAAGCCAUUGCACAGCAGGCAGAGUUGUCACAAGCUGCCUUGGAAGAAGGAGGAAAUAGCAGUUCAGUAACUCCUACUGAAGCUGGAAGUAUAGACAGUUCAGGAGAAAACAGGCAAUUAACAGGAUCUGACCCAACUAUGGCAUCAGUAACUGGAUCCCAUGUCAACCGUGCAGCGUCUAAAUACCCCAAAACCAAAAAGUAUCUAGUUACAGAAUGGUUGAAUGACAAAGCUGAGAAGCAAGAAUGCCCUGUUGAGUGCCCUUUACGUAUCACCACGGACCCAACUGUACUGGCAACGACCCUGAACAUGUUACCUGGUCUUAUCCAUUCCCCGUUAAUUUGCACCACCCCCAAACACUACAUUCGCUUUGGCUCACCCUUUAUCCCUGAGAGGCGUCGAAGGCCCCUUCUGCCUGAUGGCACGUUCAGCUCCUGUAAAAAGCGCUGGAUAAAGCAAGCCUUGGAAGAAGGGAUGACUCAAACAUCAUCUGUACCCCAAGAGAGUAGAACUCAGCACCUAUACCAAAGUAAUGAGAAUAGUAACUCUUCUAGUAUCUGCAAAGACAAUGCAGAUUUGUUGAGCCCUUUAAAGAAAUGGAAGUCUCGCUAUCUGAUGGAGCAGAAUGUCACCAAGUUACUUCGGCCUCUUUCUCCAGUCACACCACCCCCUCCCAAUCCAGGCUCAAAGAGCCCCCCACUGACCACACCUGGCCCAUCUCACCCAGAAGAAGAAUGUCGAAACGGAUAUAGCCUCAUGUUCUCACCCAUCACGUCUCUUACUACUGCUAGUCGCUGCAAUACUCCUCUGCAGUUUGAGCUUUGUCACCGAAAAGACCUGGACUUGACAAAAGCAGGCUACCUUGACUCCAACACUAACAGCUGUGCUGACAGACCUUCCCUCAUCAACUCAGCUCAUUCUGAUCUGGCUCCUCAUCCCUCCAUUGGGCCCACCUCUGAGACUGGCUUUCCCAGCAGGAGUGGGGAUGGACAUCAGACCCUUGUGAGAAACUCGGACCAGGCAUUUCGGACAGAGUUUAACUUAAUGUAUGCCUAUUCCCCAUUGAACGCUAUGCCUCGAGCAGAUGGAUUAUAUCGAGGGUCUCCCCUAGUAGGAGAUAGGAAGCCUUUACAUUUGGACGGGGGAUAUUGUUCCCCUGCAGAAGGAUUUCCCAGCAGAUAUGAACAUGGUUUUAUGAAAGAUGUCUCUCGUGGAUCCAUGUCACCUGGUGGUGAAAGAGCUUGUGAAGGAGUCCCAUCUGCCCCCCAGAACCCACCACAGAGGAAAAAGGUAUCCCUGCUGGAGUACCGCAAACGGAAACAGGAAGCCAAGGAGAAUUCUGGUGGGGGCGGUGACUCUGCACAGAGCAAAAGCAAGUCUGCAGGAGCUGGGCAAGGCAGCAGUAACUCACUUUCUGACACUGGUGCCCAUGGUGUGCAGGGAUCCUCAGCCCGAACCCCAUCUUCCCCUCACAAAAAGUUCUCCCCAUCUCAUUCCUCUCUGUCCCACUUGGAGGCAGUAAGCCCAUCUGAUUCCAGAGGCACUUCAUCUCACUGCAGACCACAAGAGAAUAUCAGCAGUAGGUGGAUGGUUCCCACAUCAGUAGAACGACUCCGAGAAGGAGGGAGCAUCCCCAAAGUCCUCCGAAGCAGUGUGAGGGUGGCCCAAAAAGGAGAGCCUUCUCCCACAUGGGAGAGUAACAUCACAGAGAAAGACUCAGACCCUGCAGAUGGAGAAGGCCCAGAGACACUGAGCUCAGCACUCUCAAAAGGAGCGGCCGUUUACAGCCCUUCCAGAUACAGCUACCAGCUCCUGCAGUGUGAUAGUCCACGGACAGAAUCACAAAGCCUCCUUCAACAAAGUUCCUCCCCCUUUCGAGGACAUCCCACCCAAUCUCCAGGAUACAGUUAUCGAACUACUGCACUGAGACCUGGAAACCCCCCCUCUCACGGUUCUUCAGAAUCCUCCCUCUCCUCUGCGUCCUAUUCCAGCCCCGCCCACCCUGUGUCCACAGACUCAUUGGCCUCAUUUACGGGGACACCAGGGUAUUAUAGCAGCCAGCCACAUUCUGGAAACAGCACGGGCAGCAGUCUUCCAAGGAGGAGCUGCCCUUCUAGUGCUGCUAGCCCUACCCCGCAGGGGCCCUCAGACUCACCGACCUCAGACUCGGUUUCCCAGUCCAGCACAGGAACUCUGAGUUCCACCUCCUUUCCUCAGAACUCUAGGUCGUCAUUGCCAUCAGACUUACGGACUAUCAGUCUGCCCAGUGCUGGGCAGUCCACUGCCUAUCAGGCCUCCAGGGUAUCUGCGGUUUCCAAUUCACAGCACUACCCGCACCGCGGGAGUGGGGGUGUGCACCAGUACCGACUCCAGCCAUUGCAAGGGUCGGGAGUCAAGACUCAGACAGGACUUUCCUAGGGCUUCUGGAUUUGGGCAAACAGAACUGAAUGAGCCCAUAGCUGCUUCCUUCCAGCUGCCUCUGGAAUCUAGGCCAAGCAGAUUGCUGGGGAAGGGGGUACAAGGUGCCAGAGGAUUGGGUCUGGUCGACAAGAAACAAGACUUGUGGUCACAACAGGCUCAGGCCUUGGAGAAAGAUGUAAAUCUUGUCUGAAGCAGAGACUAUAAAGAAGUUUCUCCCUGCUGUUAAGGGUACAUUGUUGACAAGCAAAUGGUGUUUCGGUUAGUAACGGUUCUAAGUGCAAUGAGUUGUGUUGAAGCCUCCGUCUCCCAUCCUUGCCUGUAGCCUGUAGUCACUUGUGCAGUGAGGACAUCUUUUUAAAUCCAAAAAAAGUUUUCUUUUCAAAGGAAAAAAAAAAAAUGUGAAAAGAGCCAAUCUCCAAACCCCAAGCCAUCUGAUAGUGUUAGGGUUUUAUGCACUUAAGAAAAAAGGUAGGUAUGUAAAUGUUCACCGGAAGACAACCAUUCCAAAAGCAGAUAUCCAGCCAAGAUGUGUCCACCAAGAAUGUUCCUACCUUUGUCUUUAAAUCACUGAGAAAUAGGCAGGGAUAGUGAAGCUUGGAAUGUGCUCUGACUAAGGGGUGCCUGGCUCUCUGAAGAAAAGCUUGUGGUCAACUCUUGAUUAUUCAGGAGCAGAUUAAUCUAGUAGAUUGUCUGAGCCCCCAGCUGUUACCAUCCCACUCCCCUUCCCCAAGCUAUUUCACAGCUCAGUAACCCAUGAAGGUAAUAGGUAAAGAAAAGAGGAAUGAUAAGUGAGGUGGGCCAAUUGCUACUUAUCAGCUGUUGGCAAUAAAUUUACUUAGGAAGGAUCCCAGAUGGUUUGGGAAUUCUUUGAAUUUUAUUUUUUCUGCUCCCAAUUAAUCAGGAGUUGACGAUCCCAUGAGUAGGACCGCCUCCGUGAUUGGGGAGCAUGCACUCGUGACUGCAGGGUAAGAGUGGAAAGAUGUGUGGAGUGGUGCCGACAGGACUGUGAUUGUGUGUGGGCAUGUUCCACAUUUCUUUGGGGGAUGCUCAUUUGAGAGUGGCCUGGGUGAGACAGUUAGGAAGCCACCCACGCACCUAACACUGUUCUGGAUGAGAGACAAGAGCAGACUGGCUUCUCCCCAUCAGUGCAUUGUGCCUGUUGUACGCCCCUGGAGGAGCCCUGGAGCCAGCCCAGGUGGGGUACACAAUCUUUUUAAAAUUCCAUACGGUUGCCAGCUUCUUUCUUUCACUUGUUUACUGUAAUAUCCGGCGUGUUUUUAUUUAUCUAAUUUUGUAUUCAGUUAUAACCAUGGUAGGGGUAGCAGAUCUAUGACAGGUGUAAUCCCUGGUGCUGCAGUGGACCUUACUUCUUUUCUUUUGGACAAGAUAAUACUGUGAGUCUCCCUCCUUCCUUCCCUCCAGAUUGUUUUUUUUUUUUUUGUUUUUUUUUUUUGUUGUUGUUGUUGUUGUUUUUUGCCCAGCCUCUUCCAUCCCCUUCCUUCUACCCUUCCUACAACUAUCAUAUGCACAGUCUUCUCUCUUUGUGUGUGACUGUUACAAAAUUUCAUUUUUUCAAAAUUGAAAUCAGGUGUUUGCUCAAAUGAGGGGAGAUUUUUCUUUUUAAUGCUGACAACUCAGCAGAAUACUUUUCUUUUUGUUUCCCCCACAAACCCAUCAGUCUGGGAGAGCCUUGGGAGUGGAAAUCAUGUGGCCUGGGAUGCUGGUUUCUUUGUAUAUUAUAUAAAACGUAUGUAAAUGUCUCUCCAUUUGGGCUGGGGUUUGCAUUCUCUCCUUGGCUGUUAACCAAGGGGAGAGGCCAGCAGGCAGGCAGCCCUCACCCUGCCUGGCACGUGCAGAGACCCCAGCCACUCUGUGUGGGCAGGGUGCUGUCAAGACCAGACCUCUG